UGUCAUCGGUUGCCAAAUACUAAAUAGUGAUUUUUCUAAAAGACAGCAAGGAGCCGCAGUCUGUUAUUUAUUUAUUAUUAUUCGCAAGCUCCAUAACGAAAUUUUCACUUUGCGACUUCAUAGCCGUGGCGGGUGGCCUAGAAAAUUCAGCGCAGUGCUGUAUUUAUAAUUGUCUUUGUGUGUAUAAGUACACGAGCCACACAUAUUCGGAAAAAUUAGUCUCUAUCCUUAUGUGGCAAGUGCUGACCGUAAGCAGGCGGCAGCUGUCAGAUACAUCAGUCUUUUAAAUGAAAUCCAGUGGAAUCUAGUAAAAUGAUUUUUACGAUCAUUUGCUUUCGUUAGGUUAAAGUUAUGGUUUUCCAUACGGGCCCUUAUAUAAAUUCGGUAUCUCGUUCUCUCUCUAGUACAAGUAGUACUUGUUUUUAUGCCGACUACAGACACCAUGGUGCAGUGUCAUCCGCCGUUGGAGUUGGAAGAAUUGCCAAAAGAAGACGAAGAAAGACUAGAGAAAUUAUUUUCUAAAUUAGAUACAGAUGGAAAUGGCAAAAUCGAUAUUCACGAUCUCUCCGUGGCCCUCAAGGAACUAGCUCCACACAUAAACCGCAGUUACGCAGAGAAAUUUUUGGCAACAACUGGAAAGGAUGCUGGGGAUGUCACCCUCUCAGAAUUUAUUCAUUAUGUACGAGAACAUGAAAAAAAUUUGCGGCUGCAAUUUUCACACCUUGACAAGAAUAAAGAUGGAAAAGUUGAUCUGGAGGAACUUAUAUCUGCAUUUGCUGAUUUGGGCAUCGCAAUAGGACGUAAUGAAGCGACGAAUUUGUUAAAAAGAAGAGCAGUUUGGCCAAUACUAAAGUGGAUGGAUCAAGAUGGAAGCCUGAACAUCAGUUAUGAUGAAUGGCGAGACUACUUACUUCUAGCUCCAGCUACAGACAUACAUGCCCUCAUCAGCUUUUGGAGACAUUCAACUUAUCUGGACAUCGGGGAGGAUAUGAACGUGCCUGAUGACUUUACACAAAGCGAAUUGCAAACUGGAAAGUGGUGGCGUCAUCUUCUUGCUGGUGGAAUCGCUGGCGCCUUUAGUAGAACGUGCACUGCACCACUUGAUAGACUUAAAGUAUUUUUACAGGUAAAUCCCACAAGAGAGAACAUGCUACGGUGUUUAGCUAGAAUGAUUAAUGAAGGUGGUAUUAAUGGUCUGUGGAGAGGCAACGGCAUAAAUGUAAUAAAAAUUGCCCCCGAGUCGGCUAUAAAAUUCGCAGCAUAUGAACAAGUGAAGCGACUGAUAAAGGGCGAAAAAAAGAAUCAACCGCUAGAGAUCCACGAGCGGUUUAUAGCUGGAGCGUCGGCUGGUGCAAUUAGCCAAACUGUGAUUUACCCAUUAGAGGUGCUAAAGACAAGAUUAGCUUUAAGGAAAACGGGUCAAUAUCUAGGUAUAUUGGACGCGGCACGGAAAAUAUAUGCGAGAGAAGGACUGAAGUGUUUCUAUAAAGGAUACAUUCCAAAUAUUUUGGGUAUAGUGCCUUAUGCAGGCAUCGACCUCGCCGUCUACGAGACUCUAAAGAAGAAGUACAUUAGUAAAUAUCAAGCGAACAAUUCGCAACCGGGAAUAUUACUGUUGCUGGCCUGCGGAAGUGCCUCUUGCACUUUGGGACAAGUGUGCUCCUACCCCUUGGCUCUAGUACGAACAAGGCUACAAGCCCAAGAGAGGUCAGCAAAGGGCGCAGAGGGCACCAUGAGCGGUGUGUUCCGUGAUAUAGUGCAGCGGGAAGGAUUCCGGGGCCUUUACCGCGGCAUAACGCCUAACUUCAUAAAGGUGAUUCCUGCCGUUUCCAUUUCGUACGUGGUGUACGAAUACGCCAGCCGGUCGCUCGGCGUCAACAUGACGUGAUUGCCGCGGUCCCAAAUACGCGCAUUUCCUCGCGGACAAGCGUCCGAAAUACCCCAAGGCUCAAACCGCCUUUCGACAUUCUAAUCCGCAUUAGCAAAUUGUGCAUUUUAAUGUAAAUAGCUCUCAUCUAUUUUAAGACUAUUUAUUUUGUGAAUUUGAUUCCAUAUAUUUAAUUUGCCACCUGCGAUUAAUUUAUUUGAAUAACGACUGCUACAUAUUUCAAGAAAUUUUAUAAAAAUACUUUUGUGUGUGUUAAUGGACAUGGUUAUCGGUCUCAAUUUAUGCCAGUAUAGCGCUGGGUUUUGCAUCUGUGAUUACAAUAAACUGUAUUUUUUUUAGUUUUUCUUUUUUUUUCCACCUGAAUCCAUUUCCCAAUGUAUUAUUUGUUUGCAUUUAUUACGUUUUGUUGAUCCUUUCUCGUAAUCUGCCAUUAAUGCACUUAGCACCUUUUAAAGAAUACAAAAUUUGACUUUAGAUAGCUGAACGAAAUUUAGUUAGAUAUAUUUAAAAUUGUUCAUCGUAUAGUUAGGAUUAAAAGCUAAAAGCUUGUUUGUGUUGUAAUUAAUACUGUAAGGUAAUAAUGUAAUUAUUCCACUUUUUAAUUAUAUUUCAAUAGGCUUAUAAAUGUUUUGCCAUUAUUAAAAAAUAGUAGUCCGUGAUGGUUUCGUAGUAUCCCUUAAAAUAUUAAUCAAAUACUCGGAUUAAUUGCGAGAAACAAAUGAAUGUUAUAUUCAGUUAUUGUACAUUGUCGUUAGGCUGCGGCAGUUCGUGUUAUGUUUAUCACCAAGAGUAUAAUGAUAUAAGGUUCCACAAGAAUCUCAGAUGAUAGUUAUAAUAUUUACUAAGUGUCAACGUUAUAAAUAAAAUGUUUACGAUCGCAAUAAAAAAAUUCUAGAGAUAAUCCCAAAGUUCCGUCAACUAGUUAGAUCAUUAAAUCUUUUUAAUUAUUACCAAUUAAUGUCAAUCUAAUAAAAUGUAACAUUUCCACAUUUCACAUUCAAUUAAAACAUUAAGCUUAUUAAUAGAUGUACACGUUACUUAAUACUAGAAGUCAUGCAACUUGAUUCAUGUAAAUAUCUGUUAAUAAUAAUAGAUCACACAACAUCCAAGUGUCUGUUGAGAAGCAAAGACAUGUUAAGGUUUUUACGUGACUCCAUAAUCAGUGGCUUAUGCUAUCCGUCGUCUUCUAUAAUUAUUCCAACUAUAAUUGCAAUAUAUGCUUGUAACUUAUAUAGUAUGAAUGUAUAACUUUCUCAUUGAUAUAAACCUUCAUAGUGAAUUAUAAUUAAUGUUGUUAAAAUUAUUACCAAUAAAUAUCUUUCUCAAU